AUGAUGACAACAUAUUCUCCUCAUCACGAGGAGCGCUCGCCGAAGAGUAUUAUUUCCCACUUCGACCCCCAGUCCGCCAUCCGAGAGAUCCGUCGUUCGUUGUCGCGUUCUCCCUCCAAGAACUCUGAGUUUCGGCAUCAACAUUCGUUAAGGUCUCCGGGACCCGGCAAUGCGCCCUUCUCCCCAUCACCACUGUCACCCUCAAGGAACACAAUUUCAGAGAGCAACCUACUCUUUGCAAGCAUGGGUACUCCUCAUCCAAGUCGACCUGCUUCUACCUCGCGAUUCCAGCGUCCUGCCCUUCGAAGAACGAACCAAUCCCAUGGAGUGACUCGACUGCGUACAUCCCCGAGAAGUCCAACGAAGCGAGCUCUCGCGGAUUCGAGCGAUAGCGGUAAUGCAUCUCCAAUACCGCUACGCAAAAGAAGCUCAGCAGAGGCCGAGCGUGAACUUGCUCUGAAAUGCUUGACUGCAGGAGAAGAGAAAGAGAACGACAAGUCUCCAGACGAGCCAUUGAGCUGGAAAGCUGCGCAUACCCGGCAGGAAAAGAGACGGAGUGGCGGUACUCUCAUCACUACCGUUGCUCCUUUGAGUCCCAUGAAGCGGUCAGAGGGCUCGAGAUCGGAUGAGACACCAGCUUUUGAGAGUCCUUCAGCCAAGCGAAGAAGCCUUCAUGGACCAGGCCUCGAUUUUAGCAUCUUCGAGUCCGACAGCGGAGAUGGAGGUCUGUUUGGUGACAGGCGGGCACAAGACGACAACGAUUGGUUUGGAAGCAGCUCCUUGCUAUCGUCGACUCGAUUUUCAACAAUCCCUAAGCGCUCUUCGUCGCUCCGGAAAUCGACCAUCCAGCAACGACAACUUGACCGGUCGAGUAACCUCAAAUUCAACCAGUUCAUGGACGUCGACAGACCCUUGUUCGAUACAACGCCGGUUAACCACUCCAAGAAGGAGACCCGAAUGUCCCUUGACAACCAUGUCGAACCCUUGCCUCGAGAUAGCCCUUUCUCCAGUCAAGGACAACUUCUGAGCGCUUCAGUACAUCCGGUCACUACACAGUCCCGUCAUCCUCUUGCACGGACCAUGACUCAGUCCGUCCAACAAAAUGAUGAUCAAGACGAUUCGCCAACACAUGAACCAAUUCAUCGACCUACCAGACCUCGUUCGCAUGACUUCUCGAAGUCUCUACCUGUCGGUUCUUCGAGGCCGGUGCCGUCCUCCGACGACCAUGAUCUCUCUUCUCAGGCAUCUUUUGCAACUCCCAGCAAUUACAAAGCCGCCAAACCAUUACCCGCUGCUUUCAUGUCGACCGGUCUAAUCUCCAAGAAGAACCGCAAUGCGGAAGACCCAAAUGCUGGGUUACCCAAAGCUCACAUGCCAGAUACACCUUGCAAGAGACAACCUCCGCUCUUUCAGAAGGAUGAACAAUUCGCACCAGCUAAGAGUGCUGUCAACAGACUCACUCGACAAUCGUUUGGGCUUCCUGCCAGUCCUCUCGAGAUGAGCCAUGGUCCUUCAAAGGUCUCAGCAUUUCCCUUCUCCAGGAGCCUUGGAAUAUUCGGUGCUCGUUCCUCCAAGCACAACCUGCUCAAAGAGGGAAGCUUUGCAUCUAUCGAAGCUGACGACAAGUCCACGGGUCGUUCACCUCUCAGCCGUGCCAAUAGUCAGUCGACAGACUCGGACUACCCUCCAACGCCCACCAAACACCUGACUGAAGCCGACAAUCGAAACUCGGUGUCUCCGUCUCCGCAUCAUCCCGCCGUGGGUGCUCGUCAGUCUGCCCGUUCUUCAGCUCACGGGAUUCGCCUGUCAAGUGUAAGCCCAAGGAUGGAAAAGGUGGAUCGUGGUUCCCCCCAUACGCCUCUAGACAGCUUCUUCCCACCGGAUCCAAGUGGUCUUACGAUUUCUGGCCGCGCCGAACGUCCGCCCACGAGGCAAAACAACCUACCACCCAUGAUUCCAGCAACACCUACCGGUCCGAGAGAGUACUUCUCCAACUUCUCCAACCGCCCGAGCCUGAAUCUUGCUUCGGCAGACGCGACGAGCAUUGACGGCAGCUUGACCUCGAGGUUCGAAAAGGUCGAUCUGAUCGGCUCUGGAGAGUUCUCCCAGGUCUAUCGAGUAUCGCAACCACCAGAGACAUCUCCAUAUCACAAGAUCUACUCUGUAUCCGCAAAUCGACCCUCAUCCAGAAACUCUGUGCCUGAAAAGGUGUGGGCUGUCAAGAGAUCCCGAUAUCCUUACACUGGCGUUAGAGACCGUCAGAGGAAGAUACACGAGGUUGACGUGCUCAAAGCUCUUGGACAGUCUGACCAUAUUGUGACAUUCGUCGACAGUUGGGAGGAGAAUGGACAUCUCUACAUUCAGACCGAGUUCUGCGAAGAAGGCACGCUUGACGUCUUUCUUGCACAGGUCGGCUUGAAAGCGAGAUUGGACGACUUCCGCAUCUGGAAGAUCCUGCUUGAACUGUCACAAGGCCUGAAGCAUAUUCACGACACAGGCUUUAUUCAUCUCGACCUCAAGCCUGCGAAUAUUCUCAUUACUUUCGAAGGAGUUCUCAAGAUCGCCGACUUUGGAAUGGCGACUCGAUGGCCGGCCAAAGCAGGAAUCGAUGGCGAAGGCGACCGCGAAUACAUCGGGCCCGAAAUAUUGAUGGGCAGAUACGACAAACCCGCGGACAUUUUCGCCCUCGGUCUGAUCAUGUUGGAGACUGCUGGAAACGUCGAGCUACCCGACAACGGUGUGUCCUGGCAGAAAUUACGGAACGGAGAUAUGAGCGAUGUCCCGAGCUUGACGUGGAGUUCCGCGACCAGUGGCAUUCUCAGAGAUGCUUCAGGCAAUCCUGUCUCCCGAGAGAAUUCAUUCGAUAUCAACCUUGAUGCAUAUGAGGGAAAUGUAGAGGUUUUUGAUCCGGAGAACCCCGAGGCCUUCGCGGCUCAGACCCAAGAAAAACCUACACGCUUCGUGCGCAGUGGCGAGCUCGUCAAUCCACCUCAGUUCAUGAUUGACCCUUCACAUGAACAAGCACUGGAACGGGUUGUGCGAUGGAUGAUAUCUCCAGACCCGGCCGACCGUCCUGUUGCCGCGGACGUCCUCAACACUGAGGGAGUCAGAUGGGCCGAGGCCAGACGCCGUGCCGGAGCGACUGUGUUCGAAGGCAAUUGGGGGCCAGCGGAUGACAUUCUGGCAGAGGAUGCAGAAAUGAUCGAUGUUUAA